GUUGUUUUUGUUUGUGUGCGCGUAGUAUUCGCGCCGCCCAGACGACCGAACCGACAUCGGCCAUCGACAUGCAAAUGUAAAAUUGGCGUCGUAAUCAUCCGAAUAGAAAGUGAGAAGAACGGUUUCGUGAAGAGUGAACGCUCCUCACGUAAUUUUAUGUGUGAGAGUUGUUUUGUUGGCCGAUCGUCGUCUGUCGUCUGUGGCACGAACUGCACUGCGCGUCUCGUCUAUUAAUAGUUUAAUUCAUUCAACUCGCAAACGCCGGACGUGCAUAAUAAGAGUUGAAGAGUUCAAUUGAGAGAGGAAAAAUGAAGUGAACCAGUGAGAAAUAUGAAUAACUACAUGCAUCGUCUACUACUCACCCUCUGGAGGAAGAAAUCAUCUGUCCUGGCAGCAUCUCUACUAGUGAUAACACUACUAUUGGGUUUGCAAUAUUCGUAUAGAGUCCAACGACAAACUCGUGACGCUUUGGAAGCCACAAAAUCUUCGGGGUCCUCUGGGGAAGUAAAACGUGAAGCUUUAGAUGGGUCCAAUCUGCGGGUCAAGGAUGGGAAGUUCAAGGAUCACGACGCGGAUAGAGAUCGGGAGAGUGAACGCCAGUUGGGUGUACCAUACGUUAACUUAGACCCACACAAUCCAUAUAUUCCUAAAUCAAGACUAGUUCACUUUGAUCUGAAAGGUGCUCCGCCCAGAAUUGGUUACCUUAAGAAGGUCUUAAGUUUGGUUAAGAACUUAGGUGCUACUGGAAUACUUCUAGAAUAUGAAGAUAUGUUUCCAUUCCAAGGACCUCUCAAACAUAUAGCUGCAAAAAAUGCGUAUACACGUGCGGAAAUCAAAGAUUUUCUGGAACAUACCACCGCAUUAAAGCUGGAUGUUAUCCCAUUGGUGCAGACAUUCGGCCAUGUUGAAUUUGCCUUAAAACAUAAGGAGUUUGCUAAUAUCAGAGAAGUUGCUAAUAGUCCACAGUCACUGUGUCCCAGUAGAAAUGGCUCGAUGGACUUCAUAUCAGAAGUUGUCAAUCAGGUACUUGAUUUGCACCCAACUUCAAAAUACUUACACAUCGGCUGCGAUGAAGUUUACCAGAUGGGCGAGUGUGAACUCUGCCGUUUGGAACUUCACGAUACUCUAUUCCUGCGUCAUAUUCAAAACGUAGCUAAUUUAGUCCACGAGCGACAUCCUUCGAUUCGAUUGAUUAUCUGGGAUGAUAUGUUGCGCCAUCUUAGUACCCAGAGUAUGCUUGAUAUACAACUCGGUCUUUUAGUGGAACCAAUGAUAUGGGUUUAUGCUGAAGAUAUCUAUCGAUUUGUACAACCGCAAAUCUGGGAAAAGUAUUCGGCGGUAUUUUCUACGGCUUGGACUGCAUCUGCGUUUAAAGGCGCUUUUGGAGAGACGCUUUAUGUGCCAGAUGCGCGUCGCCAUCUUGAAAAUAAUCUCCGCUGGCUAGACGUAAUGUCCCAGCAAGGCAGAUACUUUAAAAACGGCUUUCAAGGAGUUGUCCUCACUGGCUGGCAGCGCUAUGAUCAUUUCGCUGUUUUAUGCGAAUUGCUACCAGCGGCAAUUCCGAGUCUAGCGUUAUCGUUAUUAGCCGUAUCAAAUGGUUAUUUCAAUGCGUCUCAUAAAGCUGCACUGAUGUCAGCGUUAUCUUGUCCACAAUAUGGCCGCAAUACACCGUUUAUUAACCUUGACAUCGACCCACAUCUAUGGGACAAACUGGGAAGGUGCAUGUUUCCCGGCAGUCCGUUCUUCCGCGUUACAUAUCGCCUAUACUCAACCGAGAACGAAGUCAAUGAUUAUAUCAGAUCUACGACAAAGAAUAAAGGCUGGAUGACAGAUUACAAUGUUCGUCGCAACUAUAGUUUACCUUUGAGAGUUGAAGAAUUAACCGCUGAUUUGCCACGAAUGCAUCAUGGAGCUAUUUCAGUUGCAAGAUCAGCAAUAGAUUCAAUGCAGAACAUAUUCGAUAACUUUACUAUCAUGGAAUGGGUCGAGCAGAGGGUGUAUCCGAUGAUUAUCGAGUUAGAGAAAAUACAAAAUCAAAGCUUAGCUCUAAAGAGUCAGAAGUACUGGGCAGCGCGCCCGCUCAAACCACUUAUGGACCUCGAACGGCUUGGUAUAACAUAAACUCCAACCAUCAAUUUUUAGCACUAGUCACAUCAUUAUUAACUCUAGUCAUAUUUAUAUCAACAUUCAACUAAACUGUUUUAGGCUAUGAAAAUCUUUACAUCAUAUUAAGCAAUGUUUUUAUACAAAAUUUCAGGGGUGUCUCUACUUUUAGAUGUUAUUCCUUUAUAUGAAACUUUGUUGGUAAAUAAAUUUUGUUUUCGAAAA